AUGGGACCAGUCGCUGAAACCUUCAGGAAUCAGCAGCGAUUUGAGGGAUAUAAGGAAAGACCAAAGUCAUCUACAUCUACUGCUGAACUCAAGUCUACAGCCUCACCAGGGGACACCCAGCAGUCCUGUGUAAGACAGGAGGACAUCCAGCAGUCCUGUACAAGACAAGAGGACAUCCAGCAGUCCUGUGCAAGACCACUCCUCAGACCAGCCAGCUUCCCUUUUGAGAAAGGGGAUUUGUACAGACAAGCAGAAGCAAGCGUCCAGCAACAUCAGAGACCUGCAGAGACUCCUCCAGAGGUACCACAAGUCCCAGCAGUCAGCACGGUGAAGCAGGACUAUGGACACAUACCUGAAGGUAACUCUGUAACAGUAGUGCAGUCACCACAAGCCCCUGGGGGCAGUAGAGAGCAGCAGGACUGUGGACUCUUACCUGAAGGCAGCAGUGCAGCAGAGAGUUCACAGGACAUGGCUCUGCAGGGCUUGCUGGGCUCUGUAGUGCAGGAUCAUACUGCCAGUGACUGCAAUGAUAUGACUGUAUGUGAUAUUACUGAUAAUGUGUCUGCAGAGGGGAGCGCUUCACAGUCUGUGUGGGAUCUGGGGUCAUCUCUGGGGUCAGGUCCACCAUUAGUUCAGCCUUCAGAGGCUGGUGACCCCCAGAGUAUAGAGGUUGAUGGUGGGGAGGGGGCUGUACAGUCUGAUGGACAACACUUCCCCCCUUUAGUCACACAAGUGUCAGACCCCCCUAGUGCAGGCGGUCAGCAGCCACCACAGCGCCCCCAAGUACAGCAGGAGGGUAGAAGUAGUGGCGCCUCCUCUGGUAAUGCCUGGAGUCGUGGGUCACCAUUCAUGUCCAAUGUAAACUACACGGGUCAGGCUUUCAAGAGGAGGAACGUGGUCAGGUUCAGACAUAGAGGGGCCAAGGAGGAGCUGCCUGACAGGAGGUUUGUGGUCCGUGAACUUCUGUGCCACCAAAUGGGCUUCCUGCCAUCUAACAUCCUGGCAGUGAUAAACCUUCCUGACAGGCAGGGCUAUGACGUCAGCUUCAAACUCAUGUCUGACCUGGACCGCUUCUGGGCCCAUGUCACCCGGGUGAGAGAUGCUGAUGGCUGGAAUAAGUUCAGCUUUGUCCCCAUCUCCAGACCGGACACAGCGAAUGUCACCAUUAUAUUCUGGAACGAGUCUGUCCCCCCCCAGGAUAUUGUUGUAUGGUUAAAAAGACACUGUGACCUAAUGUCAGACCUGACUAAGACCAGGGAUGAGGACGGCAUAUGGACGGGCGGGUGGAAGGUCCUGGUGAAGUUACGGCAGAUUAAUAACAUUACCCAACAUCUGCCCAAUUCAUUCUUCAUUGGCCGGGAGAAAGGGGUUUGUUUCUAUGCAGGUCAGCCCAGAAAAUGCUUCAAGUGUGGGAAGACCGGUCAUAUCGCGAGUGUGUGCACCCUGGUGAAGUGUAAUUUAUGUGGGGAGAUCGGCCAUGUCAGCGCCACCUGCCAGAACAUCCGCUGCAACCUCUGUGGAGACACGUUUAAAUACUCAAGGACUGUUACGUGAAGCAGAGCGUGAAUGGCGGUCUGGUCCAUCCUUUUGGUCACUGGCUGUGGAACCAAGUGCCGGGGUCUCUAUCCUCUUUACCACCAAUGAUGUAACUAUACAUAGGCUGACAGAGGUAUUGAUGGGAAGGUGCCUAAUGCUAGAAGUUACUAUUCGGGGUAGAAGGCUCCGACUCAUUAAUAUCUAUGGUUCACAGACAGUGACUGAAAGGGUUAACCUUUAUAAUGAAGUGAAGCCAUAUCUCUUUACAUCUG